AUGGCGGACGAUGACAUGGAAGGGUGAGUAUUUCUUUGAAUUUUUUUCUGCAAAAUAAUCACCGAAACUGGUUUAUUAAAGGGCUAAGUUGUAUUUCCACCCUGCUUCGUUUUCAAAGGGUUUCUAGCUACCUGAAAAUGAAAUGAGUAGAAAAGAAUACGCUUACAUGAAAAGUCGUACGGUCGUUGUUCAUAAUUCCGAUUGAACAUGCAUGCGGUACGUACAAAACCUUUAGCCAAUCUUUAGCGAAGCGUGAUUUUAAGUUAAUUUUUUUUUCACAGAUAUGAUGAUGACCUCGAUGAGGUUGAAGAAGAAGACCAUUUCGAAGAUGUGGAUGAUCUAGAGGUAAAAACAACAGCCUUUGCUCUUUGGAUGAAUCCAACUCGCUCAGUCGUUAUCUAGUAACUACAAUUUUCUUCCCAUACAUUUUCUGUAAGUCAACACUAUCAAAACUACAGAAAAUGUACAGGAAAAUUGAAGUUUUCUCAAAACUGAUCACGGACUUCUUUGCACUCCAGAUUAGUGUAUUGUUUCUUUGAAAUCCUAAGCUACUCUUUUCAAAGCAAAAGCAUCAAAUACCGUAAAAUUCCGAAAAUAAGGCCCUCCAUGUAUAAGCCCCUCCAAAUAUAAGCCCCCAAACCGGUAACACAAAAAACCCUCCUUUAAAUCGCCCCUCCAAACAUAAGCCCCCCAAGGGCUUGUACUUGGAAUAUUUCCCUCAAAUACAAAGUAAAACAAAGCAAAAACAAAUUUAUGUAAGGCUAUAUUCCGAAUUUUCCCUCCAUAGAUAAGCCCCUCCGAAUAUAAGCCCCUCCAAAAAUAAGCCCCUCAAAAAGGGCCUUUGAAAAAUAUAAGCCCCGGGGCUUAUUUUCGGAAUUUUACGGUAUCUGAAUUCAGAGAGAAUUAGCUGGCUUUGAAUACCAAUACAAAUCUUUGAAUUUCCCGCCAUCUUGCCAUGAUUACCCAUGAUGCAACUAUGAGCCUAAACUCCUCUAUAUUUCCUGUUUGUUUUGUUAUUUUUAGCCGACAGAAGACACUGAAAACAUUGAUGUUCUUCCAGCGUCAGGUUAGUUUGUGUAAUAUUUAUGUAAGUUUUCCUUUAAAACAAGUAAGUGUUACAAAAGUGAUCAUUUUAUACCUUGGUUACCAGAGAUUUUUUCUCCAGUCUGACCAGGAGCUUCAUCAACCAAAAAAAUAAACCGCGCAUAAAAAGCCUCUGCCACCCAGGGUAAAUUUUUUUAUUCAAGUCGUCCUACUCAAUAGACCUUUUUACCGAUAUGGUGGCCAUAUUGAAUUUAUUAGAUUUAAGGAGUAUUAUAGGGAGCACAUUUUGUUUCUAUUUUUGAGCACUUUUCAGGACAUUUUUUCUUAAAGUUUUCUUAGAAUAAGAUUGUAAUGGGAGAGAAGAUCCUUGUGCCAUGUUUGGAUGUAAUAAUGAUCGCCUUUUUCUUGUUUAGUAUUAGAAAUAUGGUCUUUCACUGUAUAUUUCUCGGGUAAAAGGCAAUCAUUAUUACAUCCAAACACGGCACAAGGAUCUUUUUUCCCAUUACAAUCUUAUUCUAAGAAAUCUUUAAGAAAAAAUGUCCCAAAAAGUGCUUGAAAAUACAAACAAAAUUUGCUCAUGCCUGCUGCGCAUCCUAUAAUACUCCUUCAAUCUAAUGAAUUCAAUAUGUCCACCGUAUCGGUAAAAAGGUCUAUUUAGUCACACUAGUUACCCAAGUAACCCUGACAUAGGGUGACAUAGGGUGAGUUGGGUGACUACAGUGAGUAGAGUUACUUAGGAUGUCUAGGGUGACAAGGCUGACUAGGGUGAGAUAGGGUGACUACAGUGACUUGGGUGACAUAGGAUGACUAAGGUGACUAGCAUGACUAGGGUGAAUAGGGUGACUUGGGUGACCAGGGUGACUUAGGAUGACUAGGGUGACUUGGGUACCUACCUUGACUACGGCGACUUAGGGUAACUAGAGUGACUAGGGUGAUGUAGGGUGACUAGGGUGAGUUGGGUGAGUAGGGUGACUUAGGUGACAAGGGUGACAUAGGGUGACUAAUGGUGACUUAGGAUGUUUAGAAUGACUUGGCUGACAUAGGGUAACUAAAGUGACUAGAGUGACUAGGAUGACUAGGGUGAAUUGGAUGAGUUGGGUGACUUAGGGUGACGAGGGUAACUACCGUGACUACAGUGACUUAGAGUGACUAGGGUGACUUGGGUGACUAGAGUCACUAGGGUCACUUAGGGUGACUAGGGUGACUAGGGUGACUUGGGUGAGUAAGGUGACUAGGGUAAGUUGGGUGAGUAGGGUGACUUAGGUAGUCACCCUAGUCACCCUAGUCAUCCUAGUCCCCCUAAUCAACCUAAGUCACCCUAGUCAGGGUAAGUCACCCUAAUCUUCCUAGUCACCCUAGUCACCCUAGUCACCCUAGUCACCAUAGUAAUCCCAGUCAUCCCUAGUCAUCCCUAGUCAUCCCUUAUCAUCCCUAGUCAUCCCUAGUCAUCCCCGUCAUUCCUAGUCAUCCCUAGUCAUCCGUAGUCAUCCCAGUCAUCCCCAGUCAUCCCUAGUCAUCCCUAGUCAUCCCAGUCAUUACUAGUCAUCCCUAGUCAUCCCUAGUCAUCCUUAGUCAUCCCUAGUCAUCCCAGUCUUCCUAGUCAUCCCUUGUCAUCCCAGUCAUCCCUAGUCAUCGCUAGUCAUCCCUAGACGUCCUUAGUCAUCCCAGUCAUCCCUAAUCAUCCCUAGUCAUCCCUAGUCAUCCCAGUCAUUACUAGUCAUCCCUAGUCAUCCCUAGUCAUCCUUAGUCAUCCCUAGUCAUCCCAGUCUUCCUAGUCAUCCCUUGUCAUCCCAGUCAUCCCUAGUCAUCGCUAGUCAUCCCUAGACGUCCUUAGUCAUCCCAGUCAUCCCUAAUCAUCCCUAGUCAUCCAAGUCAUCCCUAGUCAUCCCAGUCAUCCCUAGUCAUCCCUAGUCAUCCCUAGUCAUCCCUAGUCAUCCCUAGUCAUCCCUAGUCUUCCCAGUCAUCCCUAGUCAUCCCUAGUCAUCCCUAGUCAUCCCAGUCAUUCCUAGUCAUCCCUAGUCAUCCCUAGUCAUCCCUAGUCAUCCCUAGUCAUCCCAGUCUUCCUAGUCAUCCCUUGUCAUCCCAGUCAUCCCUAGUCAUCCCUAGUCAUCCCUAGUCAUCCUUAGUCAUCCCAGUCAUCCCUAGUCAUCCCAGUCAUCCCUAGUCAUCCCUAGUCAUCCCAGUCAUCCCUAGUCAUCCCUAGUCAUCCCUAGUCUUCCCAGUCAUCCCUAGUCAUCCCUAGUCAUCCCAGUCAUCCCUAGUCAUCCCUAGUCAUCCCUGGUCAUCCCAGUCGUUCCUAGUCAUCCCUUGUCAUCUCCAUCAUCCCUAGUCACCCCAAGUCAUCCCAGUCAUCCCCAGUCAUCCCUAGUCAUCCCUAGUCAUCCCUAGUCAUCCCUGUCAUCCCUAGUCAUCCCUAGUCAUCCCAGUCAUCCCCAGUCAUCCCUCGUCAUCCCAGUCAUCCCUAGUCAUCCCUAGUCAUCCCUAGUCAUCCCUAGUCAUCCCUAGCCAUCCUUAGUCAUCCCUAGUCAUCCCAGUCUUCCUAGUCAUCCCUUGUCAUCCCAGUCAUCCCUAGUCAUCCCUAGUCAUCCCAGUCAUCCCUAGUCAUCGCUAGUCAUCCCAGUCAUCCCUAGUCAUCCCUAGUCAUCCUUAGUCAUCCCAGUCAUCCCUAGUCAUCCCUAGUCAUCCCUAGUCAUCCCUAGUCAUCCCUAGUCAUCCCUAGUCAUCCCACUCAUCCCAGUCAUCCUAGUCAUCCCUAGUCAUCCCUAGGCAUUCCAGUCAUCCCUAGUCAUCCCUAGUAAUCCCAGUCAUCCCAGUCAUCCCUAGUCAUCCCUAGUCAUCCCAGUUAUCCCUAGUCAUCCCUAGUCAUCCCACUCAUCCCUCGUCAUCCCUAGGCAUUCCAGUCAUCCCUAGUCAUCCCACUCAUCCCUAGUCAUCCCUAGUCAUCCCUGGCCGUCCCAGUCAUACCCUAGUCAUCCCUUGUGAUCCCCGUCAUCCCUAGUCAUCCCUAGUCUUCCCAGUCAUCCCUAGUCUUCCCAGUCAUCCCUAGUCAUCCCUAGUCAUCCCAGUCAUCCCUAGUCAUCCCUGGUCAUCCCAGUCAUUCCUAGUCAUCCCUUGUCAUCCCCAUCAUCCCUAGUCAUCCCAAGUCAUCCCAGUCAUCCCUAGUCAUCCCUAGUCAUCCCUAGUCAUCCCAGUCAUCCCAGUCAUCCCUAGUCAUCCCUAGGCAUUCCAGUCAUCCCUAGUCAUCCCUAGUAAUCCCAGUCAUCCCAGUCAUCCCUAGUCAUCCCUAGUCAUCCCUAGUCAUCCCACUCAUCCCUCGUCAUCCCUAGGCAUUCCAGUCAUCCCUAGUCAUCCCUAGUCAUCCCACUCAUCCCUAGUCAUCCCUAGUCAUCCCUGGCCAUCCCAGUCAUACCCUAGUCAUCCCUUGUGAUCCCCGUCAUCCCUAGUCUUCCCAGUCAUCCCUAGUCAUCCCUAGUCAUCCCAGUCAUCCCUAGUCAUCCCUAGUCAUCCCUGGUCAUCCCAGUCAUUCCUAGUCAUCCCUUGUCAUCCCCAUCAUCCCUAGUCAUCCCAAGUCAUCCCAGUCAUCCCUAGUCAUCCCUAGUCAUCCCUAGUCAUCCCAGUCAUCCCUAGUCAACCGUAGUCAUCCCUAGUCAUCCCUAGUCAUCCCAGUCAUCCCUAGUCAUCCCUAGUCAUCCCACUCAUCCCUCGUCAUCCCUAGGCAUUCCAGUCAUCCCUAGUCAUCCCUAGUCAUCCCACUCAUCCCUAGUCAUCCCUAGUCAUCCCUAGUCAUCUGGCCGUCCCAGUCAUACCCUAGUCAUCCCUUGUGAUCCCCGUCAUCCCUAGUCAUCCCUAGUCUUCCCAGUCAUCCCUAGUCAUCCCUAGUCAUCCCUAGUCAUCCCAGUCAUCCCUAGUCAUCCCUAGUCAUCCCUGGUCAUCCCAGUCAUUCCUAGUCAUCCCUUGUCAUCCCCAUCAUCCCUAGUCAUCCCAAGUCAUCCCAGUCAUCCCUAGUCAUCCUUAGUCAUCCCUAGUCAUCUCUAGUCAUCCCUAGUCAUCCUUAGUCAUCCCUAGUCAUCCCAGUCUUCCUUGUGAUCCCUUGCCAUCCCAGUCAUCCCUAGUCUUCCCAGUCAUACCUAGUCAUCCCUAGUCAUUCGUAGUCAUCCCAGUCAUCCCUAGACUUCCCUAGUCAUUCAAGUCAUCCCUAGUCAUCCCUGUCAUCCCUAGUCUUCCUUAGUCAUCCAAGUCAUCCGUGGUCAUCCUUAGUCAUCCUUAGUCAUCCCUAGUCAUCCCAGUCAUCCUAGUCAUCCCUAGUCAUCCCAGUCAUCCCCAGUCAUCCCUAGUCAUCCCUUGUCAUCGUAGUCAUCGUUAGUCAUCCCUAGUCAUCCCAGUCAUCCCCAGUCAUCUCUAGUCAUCCCUAGUCAUCGCAGUCAUCCUUAGUCAUCCUUAGUGAAAAAAUAACCUGAAGUAAAAAAGAAUCGGUGGUGUGUGAAGCCUUAUUUUACUUGAAGUAAUUAAAAUUUACUUGUCUUGAAGUAUUUCUUAGUUUAUUUAGACUCUAGUGUAAAGACUACCAAUGUUCUGGUUUUCUUUGAUUAAAAAAGGCAGUAAAGUGUCGCAAAUAACAUAGGAUGAUAUAAAAUGGAAUGCAAAUAAAAUUUUUUGUAGGAAAAAAAGUCAGAUGCAGAUUAGAUCAGAUACGACUGGGAGAAUUGCUGAGAAAAACAUAUUAUUUGGACUCACUAGGAAUUGUAGGCGCAUAAGGCAAAAGGCUUAAGGAUAUAGAACUCCAAUACUGGAUGAGGGAAAGGAGUAACGACAUGACAAGAGAAGCUGACCAAAAUAACAUAAUGAGAACAUACCAAAAAUUCAAAACAAUAGAAAAUUGCAAAUGUGAUGAUUACCUUCACUAGGUCACCAAUACCUGCCACAGAAUAACGUUAACAAAAUUGCGAUUAAGCAACCACGUGCUCGCCAUAGAAACGGGCCGAUAUUUAAGACCUUUUAAAAAACCUGUAGAAAGAAUAUGUCCAAUGUUUAAACUAGAAAUGGAGGAUGAAUAUCACUUUUUAACUCUGUGUCCAGCUCACCAGGAAAAAAGAAAUGUUGUAUUCGAUAACUUGAAAAAUGAACAUCUUAUAAGAAGGAACAAAAUAUCACCAAAUGAAAUAUUCAUGUUUUUAAUAAAUCUCCCGAAAGAUUAGCCUGAAACCCAAAAAUUGAAAGUGAAGCAUGUGUUCGAAUGCUUUAAAAUAAGUAACAAGAAGGAAGACAAAAGUAGAUCAAAUAUGUGUCUGUGUAUGUAACUAUCGCUAUUUGUACCAACUUGUUAUGUAAAAUGCAGUGAUAUAGAAAGUAUCUGGAAAACAGUCGAUGUACCAGGUGGUAUAAGAUCCAAAUAAAUAUUGUCUUGUCUACUCACCCUAGUCACCCUAGUUACGCUAGACACCCAAGUUAUCCUAGUCACGCUAGUCACUCUAUCCAUGUGCAUACUGUGCGUACAGGUAGCUUACUAACAGUAAUUGUUUUUUCACCAUUUCGUUAUGUAUCUUCGAUUAUAUUUUUCAACUAUGGAGACCAGCCUUAGAGCUGAAUGGGCUACCCUAUGUAAAUAAAGUUUUACUUUACUUUACUUUACUUUUUAGAAGAAAGUCAAGAACUUACGAAAAGAAUAACGACUCCAUAUAUGACAAAGUAUGAGAGAGCCAGAGUGCUUGGGACAAGAGCAUUACAGAUAAGGUAAUGGUCAGUUUGGAUGGAGUGUUUGCAGGGAAGGUGAACACUCCAAUUCACAGUUUUGAAUGUUUACUGGCUAUGUUUUUCAAGAACAAUGGGUGAGACACUGCACAACUUGAAGGAUUUCAAACAAUAAUAGUAAUCACCAAGUGAUGCUAGUCAGAUGCUCUAACCACUAAGCUACUGGAGAUUCGAAGGCGAGCAAGGGUGAAAUAUGACAGUAAAUGUGGGUCUUUGACUAGAACUGCAUCAUGCAGUCAGAUAGUCAGAUCAGGACAAGCACGUGUGACUCAUAACAGCAUCACGCAGUCAGAUAGUCAGGUCAGGACAAGCACGUGUGACCCAUAACUGCAUCACGCAGUCACAUAGUCAGUUCUGGACAAGAACAUGUGACUCAUAACUGCAUCACGCACUCACAUUAAGGCAUAUCAGAAAUGCAACGAGGGUUUCAAUCCCAUCUGGGGCUCGGAUUCUUAUUCCAAAACGAAUAAUAAUAAUAAUAAUAAUAAUAAUAAUAAUAACAACAACAACAACAAACAGGCUUCAGAAAGCUUGUUUGUUGGGGACAGCUAAGAUCCCAAGAAGGACUGUAGACACCUAAGGCUAUAGGAUAUACCUUGAUGCUUUGGAGAAACAAGGCCACGUAUAGGUGUAAGACAUGAAGUCAACGUAAUAAUAGUAAUAAUAAUAAUUCAAGUACUUUUACAGGUGAAUCUUUGCUGUUGUCAU